UCUUUCCUAAACCUGGGACACUUUAAUUCUGUCCCCAAGGGCAGAGUCAUAGACUCCCAGUAAUCUAGGACUCAACCUGUGUCUUGCUGAAUCCUUUGGCCUUACUCUGAGGGCUAUGUGAUCAAUUUCACUGGAUCUGAAGACCUGGACUUGGACUGAGACCUCAGUUACAGACAGCCUGUCGUGAGACUUCUCAGCCUCUACAAUUAUCAUAGAUUGAACACCUGAGGGUCUCCAGGAAGUCUCAAGGCCUUUCAGGACAGAUUGCUGAGGUGUUUGGCACUGAGUCUGCCUGCUGUGCUGUCAUCACAGACAGACAUUUCCUCAUAAUGUGGUUCUACCUGGUGACUCUUGUGGGCCUUUACCACCUUCUGCGUUGGUAUCGUGAGAGGCAGGUGGUGAGCGGUCUCCACGACAAGUAUGUCUUCAUAACGGGCUGUGACUCCGGCUUUGGGAACCUGCUGGCCAGACAGCUGGACAGGAGAGGCAUGAGGGUGCUGGCUGCAUGUCUGACGGAAGAGGGAGCCGAGCAGCUGAGGAGCAAGACAUCUGAGAGGCUGGAGACAGUGAUCCUUGAUGUCACCAAGACAGAGAGUAUUUCAGCAGCCACUCAGUGGGUGAAGGAGCGUGUUGGAGACAAAGGACUCUGGGGUUUGGUUAAUAACGCAGGAGUGUUACAACCAUUUGCCUACCUUGAGUGGUACAGGCCAGAGGACUACACAUCUAUCUUUCAAGUGAACCUCAUUGGUCUGACCCAGGUGACUUUGAGCAUGCUUUUCCUGGUAAAGAAGGCUCGGGGCAGGAUUGUCAACAUCUCCAGUGUUUUGGGAAGAGUUGCGUUGUUUGGAGGAUUCUACAGUUGCUCCAAAUAUGGAGUUGAGGCAUUCUCAGACGUGCUAAGGCGUGAGAUUCAAGCUUUCGGGGUGAAAGUCAGCAUAAUUGAACCCGGGAGCUUCAAAACAAGAAUGACGGAUAUAGAGUUAAGCAUUGACAGAGUCAAGAAAGCUUGGGAAGCAGCCCCUGAACACAUCAAGGAGUCCUACGGACAGCAGUUUUUUGACGACUUUUGCAGCACCACCAAACGAGAGCUGAUGAAGUGCAGCACGAACCUGAGCCUAGUCACGGACUGCAUGGAGCACGCUCUAACCUCCGUGUAUCCUCGCACCCGGUACUUGGCUGGCUGGGACGCCAGGUUUUUUUUCAUCCCUCUAUCUUAUUUGCCUACGUCACUGGUCGACUACAUAUCGGCCAUAUCUAGGGGCAAGCCCGCUCAGGCAGUCUGAAGGAUCCCGGAUCAGUGCCUCUUGGAAUAAAGAAGUGUCUCACUUAUUCCAACGCAAGCUUUCUGCGCCGAUAUGCUCUCUUGCCUAAACCACUUAUCUGGCCGUCUUUUCCUUUCUCUCCACCCCCACAGAUGUCUGGUCUCACUCUAUAACCCUGGCUGGCAUUGAACUCAUAGAAAUCUGCCUGUCUCUCUCUUAAUCAAGGUGUUUGCAUUCCAGGUUACUAUCUUAACCACUCUUUCCUGGGAAUAUUCCCAUAGGGCAUCACUCUUUCUUGUCUUAUUAAACAGAGCCAUUUUAGAACAA